CCGUCCUGCCAGUUCAUGUUGAAUUAUGAGAAGUCAGAUCAUGUUGUGACCUCUUCAUGUGUUCCAAAACUUGAGAAUGGCUUCGGGCUUACACGAUUUGUUCACUCUCCAGGCAAUACGCUCAUCCUUGAGCGUUCAUUCAAUGUCUUCUUAAAGUUUUGCUCUUCAUGGACAUGUGGGUACACCUUCAGCGUCAAACAAAAACCACAGUUACCCCUUUUAGAAAAAUGUGAUGAAGUGCAUCAUAAUUCACUUAUGCAAUAAGGCACCUGUUGCAAACUAGGAAUAAGACACCAGGUCAAAGAGAGGUGUGUGAGAACAAUACGAUGAAGAAAACACAAAAGUUGUUUGAUCAGAGUUACAACAUUCAAUACUGCAGUGAACCUUUUAAAAUGUGUUAUGGUAGACAUGUUGAGAACUUUUACAAAUUUGUUUGAUCAGCGACAAAAAGUAUGUCCGACGGAAUUCUUCAUCUUGACAUGUAACAUAUGUUCCCGUGUUUUAUGGCGGGAUAGAAUCACAUCAUCGAGAACAGCUGGUAUCAUCACUAGUCACUUAUAAAUGCAUGCUUAUGAUGUAGGUCUGAACAGAGCUUUCCAAUCAUCAGUCGGCAACACCAGUCGAUGUACAACUGACUUUCAGCUACAACUUGACGAGAAUAUUCAAUGCUGCAGUGUCACAGUGGAUUGAUAUGUAUAAUUUGCACAGUUCUAUGGAGAAGCACACGAUUGGAUAUCCACAUUGUUCUUGCGGUACACGUCCCGCAUUCGCUGUGACACUUUACCACGCUGCGGUUGUAUGUCUGCCUGCUGUGCGUCUAGUUUUAUCUCAGUGAUAUCUGGAGGUCACUGUUGUGGAUAUCGCGUGAGAGAGGGAUGGAAGUCUCAAGAGCAAAUGUCGACCGGGGCUACGCCUGGGUGAUCCUUGCAGCUGCCUUCACCUUACAGUUCGUGGCUGGAAUACUGGCGUACUCUCCUGGUGUCAUGAACAUCGCAGUCCUGGAGGAAAUUGAAAAUGAUCUGACUAAGACCUCCUGGAUUGGCUCAAUCAACUUUGGCACUUGCACUUUACUGGGUCCCGUUGCUGGCUUGAUACAAUCUAAGGCUGGUUCCCGUAUUACAGCUAUUGUUGGUGGCGCUUUAACUCUAGUUGGCAUGACGGUUGCUUCAUUUUGCAAAUCCAUAUUGGGCCUGGUGCUAACCUAUGGCUUUGUAUCAGGAUUCGGUAUUUGUCUUGCUUGGAAUGUAGUAGGCGUUGUUACAGGGCAGUACUUUUCAAAGAGGCAAGCAACAGCGUUUGGUGUGUGCAUUGCCGGUGGAGGAAUGGGUCUGUUCGUUGCUGGGCCUCUUGUGAGAUACCUUCUCAGUCAGUACAAUCUAAGUGGCGCCCUUCUUAUUCUUGGUGCAAUAGAAUUGCAUAUGUGUGUUGCUGGUGCUGUCUUAAGGCCACUUCAACAGUCACAGAGUUCAACUGUAGUCAACAUUGAUCACUCAGUGGAUGAAAACACUGAUAACGAUCACGAUUGUGUGCAGCAUUUGAGCACAAACGAUUUACAUAUGUCACCAGAAAGCGAGGAAAUGGCUCUUGAGAUAGAAAAACAUCCUAAACCUUCAGAAAAAGAAAUUACUAGCAUUUACCAACUACAAUCUGAGGAUACUAUUGAUCUAACAGAAGUUUCAACUGCAGAUGAUCCUCUAUUUAACCAUGCGUUUAUCUCUUCACCCCAACAAGAUGUGAAGAAAUCAAGAAUAAAAUCAAAUAUAUGCCACGUUGUCAGUGCUUUUCGAGUUCUUAAGGAAAUUCGAUUUCUUAUAUAUAACCUAAGCAUCAUGCUGUGGACACUUGGUGAAUCAGCCGCUGUCUUCCAUCUUCCAUACUAUGCUCAACAAAAAGGAAGCUCGCCAGAUCAGGCUGCAACUCUUUUCACUGCAAUGGGAGUAGGAAGUGUCUUCUCAAGAGUGGUUGCGGGAAUGAUGGCCUCAGACACGAAAAUUCCAUACAUGAUUCUCCAAAUAGGAUUCACUGGCAUAUCUGGGGUGCUAUUGAUGUUAUUCCCUCUUUAUUCUCACACAUACAACACUCAGAUGGUGUUUGGGAUUUUAUAUGGGACAUACAGCCAAGGUACAAAUACCCUAGUGGGUCCUAUUGUCCUUGCUUUGGUUACGUUGAAGGAUGUUCCAGUGGCAUAUGGGCUUGUGUACUACUCCAUGGGAGUUGGGUACAUUCUAGGACCUCCAGUAGCAAGUUGGAUUUUCAAGUUAAGCAUGGUGUAUGAUUUUACCUAUGUAUUUGCAGGGACGUGCUUGAUAUUCAGUUCGAUAUCCGCUGCUUUAGUCAGUAUAGUAAGAUGAUGCACUCAUUCAUCAACUGACCAGGGACAGCUCCUCUUGUAUGUAUGUUGUUGAUGAAGUGCAUCUAGUUUACACGGCGGUUAUGAAGACCCAGCCUCAUCACCCCCGAUGAUCAACAGGAACACGACAUGAUACAAAGUUAGUCACUGUGGAUUCAUGUGUUGGAUUCACCACCAAAGUCAGCGCUAUUUUAGCUGCAUCACAGCAUCCCACUACCAAUGGUGAUAAUCAAAUAGGUGUCUUGAACAUUAUGGCAAACAUAAGUGUCUGCUUUACACUAAGACGAGUGAAUGAGACCACUUAUGUUACUGUUUGUGUUUACCAUAUUCAUGCUCCACAUCAGAGGCUUGAUACGAAGAAGGUAAACUUGGAGAGACAAUAGCUUUAGUUCAGAAUACCAAGUUCUGACUUGAAGCCAUUAAACCAACCAGAGCACUGCUCUCCCUCACUGCUUGUCACAAGGGCGCCAUCUUGUCCCCCAAACGCUGACGUUAUAUGUGUUGUCUUAGGGUCUUCGCAUGAAGCGAGUCGAGGUCCACUUUAAAAUUUCUUGUUGUUUUGUUUGUGUUUAUUUAAGGGAAUGUGAUUGAGGGGCGGUGUGAAAAGAUAACUAGCUGCAUGACCAAAACAACUGAUUACGUAACUUUCUUCACCUUACCUUAAUAUGUGCAAUAAAAACGUUAGCGUUUAAAUAUUUAUUUAGAUAUGUAUUUUGCUGAAGGUAUGUGCAUCACAUUCGAGAUUUCUUCCCACACCCCGAGGUUGCAGUUAAUUGUGUUAUGGUGGUUUCAUGUAUUCAAUCGGCAAGAUAUAGACAGGAGAGGUUUAUUGAAUUGGAGAUGCGGGAUGCACAACGAAACAUUGAACAUCAACCGCGAGAACUGUCCGCGACAUACUGACGCAAGGGGGAGCAAGCCAUGCGUGUCAGUUUGUCUAUUCGCCCUGACUGAUGUACGACCUAACGUGUAUGGGUGAGCAGCGCUUUUGCUUGUAAAUAUAAGAUUAUUUGAUAGUGAACCAAGUACAAAAACUCUGUCAUUCACUGUAGCCCUCAAUUACAUUAUUUAUUUGGAUCUUCGUAUUUAUGUCAUUUCUAUCGCCAAUGUGCAGUGAAUCUCAUAUGACAAUAAACUCUAAUAUGUCGGAGUUACAUAGUUAAUGUAAGUACAAAUUAGGCAAGUUUGGGGACGUCAGUUCGAGGGACCACCACUCCAAAUGAAUACCACGUACUAUAAUACGAGACAUCGCUAGCGCUAUAUUCAUAGGUGUUUAUAGUUUUCUUAGAUUUCAUAAAAUGUCGUACCUUACGGAUUCAUUUUCAUGC